CACCCACCCCUCCAUCGAUCAGUGCUGUGUAGUUGAAGUAUUGCUGUGUUAUUGCAUACCCGUCCAGGACCCCUUCCCAACUUGCCUUGCCCUGUGUUUGGAUCCGGGAACUGCUUAUAUAGGUACGCCACGUCUGUGACAUAAUGUGUAUCCAGUGACGGUCUACACUCCCCUGUCUGCGCCUCACAUUAUCCAAGUUGGCUUCUUGUUAUAAUAAUUCAACGUCGCCUCGUCACGCAAAGCCCGUCUCUCGCCAUGGAUCUCUCACCUCCAUCUCUUAUCCGCUCGCCAUCAUCCUCCCGGAACUCAAACUACUCUAGGAGUCCCAGUUUAAGUGUUGAUUAUUCGCCGCCGGACCUGGUUGACCACUUCUACAAGGUUGGUUCCGUAUACGAACAGUCUUGCUCCGCCAUAUCCUCGACCAUGAACUCUGAUAGCCCGCAUCAUCAGCGUCUUGAUGCGACCACUUCGGCCGAAUGGGCGGAGACAACCGUAAUACACUCCGUCCCGUCUAUGGUGGGACAGGGUAUUGUAUCCCAGGACUACGUCCCGUAUGUCAGCUAUGACUCCUCAAUGCAUACGCCGUACAGCCACGAUUUGUACUCGACGCAUCUGGCUCACGCUCCAGCACUCUCUUACGCACCGUCCCCACUCGCCUCCAUGCCCUCUCGCUCGCCAGAUCCGGCUUCUUCUAGACAUCCACUCCCCUACCACAGCACGCCACCGAUGCCGCGGAUCAAGUUAGAGGGCGGGCACGACUACUCCAGUGGCGGCGAGGUAUCCCAAUAUCCCUCGCCCAGGUCUGCCCACGCUCUAAUGGCGGAGCCGAGCAGCUACGGGUCUCAGGCUUGCAGUUCGGGCUACCUCUCGGACGGCCCUUCCAGUUCGUGGCCGAAGUCUGAGUACCCUCCCAUCGAAGGGGACCCAUAUUACGUGGGACCGAGCGGGAGCACAAGCUCUCUUGUCCCAGACCGACGACACCAAGCUCCGCCGAGGCCAUCGCGGGCUCCAAAACGGCAAGCUCGCAAGCUAACGUCAAAAGACGAGGCCAACUUCCAAUGCGAAGUUGAGGGGUGCGGGAAGCUCUUUAGCCGCAGUUAUAACUACAAGGCGCACAUGGAGACCCACGAUAAGAAGAGAGAAUAUCCUUUCGUCUGUACAUACGAGGAUUGCAAUAAGAAGUUUGUACGGAAGACGGAUCUACAGAGGCAUCACCAGAGCGUACACAUGAAAGAAAAGAAUCAUAAGUGCGACUACUGUGGCCGCCACUUUGCUAGAAAAGACACACUUCGCAGACAUAUGGAGGACGGCUGCUCAAAGCGGUUCGACAUUGGCACGGUGGAUAUACGCGGCGCCGAGAGUUACGAUACUUAUAACGUGCCGAUAAGAUCCGUGCCUAGCUCUUCUGGACAUAUGGUGGCACCGACACCGCAUCUGCCACCAAUGACACUCCCACGAGGCGGCAAUGACAGUGGCAUGACAGACAUGCCUUCGUUUAUGAGGAGAUAACAGUUUCCUAAGCAGCGUGUCAGAGGGGGGGAAAAGCAUCCGUGUUUUCAAAAAACCGCAACCCAGCAUUUUAGCGUCAAGGCAUGAAA